CACCGGGUGUCCUGAGUGUCUGUCUCACACAGCUCUGCCUCUCUGUGCCCAGCUAAGACUCUCUCCCCCUCCUUUCUCUCCCAAACCUUGGCCAGCGGCCGGGCGACACCACGAGUUAUUUCCCUGCUAUUUCCCGGCUCGGAGUUCUUGGCCCCUGAACAACUGGUUUCCUCUUGGAGUCUGGGAGGAGCAGAGCGGAGCCGGCAGGGAGCGAACCGGGACCAGGGGGGCGAAGAGGGCAGGGGACGCCUGGCAGGGGAGAAGCGCGGGGGCGGGACAGGGGUCAGCUGGAGGGUCCGGAGAAGCGAGCGAGCGCCCCGAAGGAGGCCCCGGGAGCCGGGAGGGGACUGCGAGAGGACCCCGGCGGCCGGAGUCCCCGUGCCAGCGCCAUGAGGCCGCUCGUCGCCGUGCUGCUCCUGGGCCUGGCGGCCGGCUCGCCCCCGCUGGACGACAACAAGAUCCCCAGCCUGUGUCCGGGGCACCCCGGCCUCCCCGGCACGCCGGGCCACCACGGCAGCCAGGGCCUGCCCGGCCGCGACGGCCGCGACGGGCGAGACGGCGCGCCCGGGGUUCCGGGAGAGAAAGGCGAGGGCGGGAGGCCAGGACUGCCGGGGCCCCGGGGGGAGCCCGGGCCGCGAGGAGAGGCGGGACCCGCGGGGGCGACCGGGCCUGCGGGCGAGUGCUCAGUACCUCCGCGCUCCGCCUUCAGCGCCAAGCGCUCGGAGAGCCGGGUGCCUCCGCCGUCGGACGCGCCCCUACCCUUCGACCGCGUGCUGGUGAACGAGCAGGGACAUUACGACGCCACCACCGGCAAGUUCACCUGCCAGGUGCCCGGGGUCUACUACUUCGCGGUCCACGCCACCGUCUACCGGGCUAGCCUGCAGUUCGAUCUGGUCAAGAACGGCGAGUCCAUCGCCUCUUUCUUCCAGUUUUUUGGAGGGUGGCCCAAGCCAGCCUCGCUGUCCGGGGGCGCCAUGGUGAGGCUGGAGCCAGAGGACCAGGUGUGGGUGCAGGUGGGCGUGGGUGAUUACAUUGGCAUCUAUGCCAGCAUCAAGACAGACAGCACCUUCUCGGGGUUCCUGGUGUAUUCUGACUGGCACAACUCCCCUGUCUUCGCUUGAUGCUCACUGGAAAGCGAGCUCACGCUCUCUCACUCCUAGGGAAGGAGGGUGUGACUCUGACAGUCACAUAUCCGGGAGGGCUGGCCCCGCCUUGGGAUGUUGUGAAUGAUUCCGUCCUGCUGCUGGCAGAGAAUGGGGACAGAGGCUGUCUGAGAUCAGGGCUGGCAAUAUGGGCAGUGGCUGGAUUUCUGCCCAAAACCAAGGGGCACUCUGUGUUGGCAGGUGUGGGUCCCCCAGUUGCUCUGGCCCGGGACCCCAGAGGUGGGGUGCCCUCUUCCUGGUGCUCUGCUUCUCUGGGUCCUCUCUUGUCCUUCCUAUUCCUGGGCCCUUUUCUCAGAGACCAUUCAAUAAAUCUCCCCCCAAAAAAUCCUC